AAAGUAUAAAGCGAACCCAGAAUUUUGGCAGAGUUUGGAGAGAGAUUAGGAGGCAAACAAAUGUGAGUGGCUUCUUCUUCUAUGAUGCUGAUGCACGCCGGCAGCUUUACCUUAUUAUUAUUUUUUUCUCUUUUUUCUCUCUUUUCUCUCUAUUACCCAAACUCCAAUCGGCACGCCUGCCCUCCACUCCACUCCACUCCACUCAAACACACAACCUUCUAAUAAUAUAAGCACACCCUCUCUCCCUCUCUAAAUUCUAAAAUAAUGCAAAAGCUAAUCCACUAGCUAACACCAUCGAUCAUCUUCUUAGACAUGCUUACCUUUCCUUUCUUUUUCUCACACUUCCAUCAUCUUUUUGUCAGAAGCAGAAUUCUAUUUCUAAACCAAUCCCACUCCCCUUCUCUACUUUUUACACAAUCCCAACCAUGCUCUAUGUGUUAUGGCUAUAUUACAUUUCAGAUUUAGCCCAUAAAAACAAUUGUCUACUUGCUUGCUUCCACAGAAGAGGGUUUUAAAAUAAGAACCCCAAAGGCUUCCCCCCCUCUCCAUUAUUCCUCCCCAUCUUUCUCUCACCUUUAGCUGUGUUAUUGUUUUAGGCAUUAACCCACCACCUAAAUUCUCAGUCUGAAACGAAUCCUCACUUUCAGACAACUUGUUCUAAGUCCAAAAGACUAAGGAGAUUCCGAGUGUUUUUUUCUUUUUUGAUGUGGGUCUUAAAUGGAUACCUUGUUUCGGCUUGUCAAUCUUCAGUCCGAACAAUCUUACAACUCCAGUAGAAGUAGAACCAAUUCUAGCAGCUCCAGAUCGUCUAGACAAAACCAAUAUCAUUACCAUCAACAGGAAGACGAAGAAUGCUACAACGUUCUCAUGGAUGAGGAAGAUUUCUCAUCGUCUAGUAAUUCUAGACAAUACUACAAUCCUUACCUUCCCAACCCAUCUUCCACCGUCUCCACCACGCCCACCGCCACCACCCCAACCCCGAUCGAUCAAUUCUCAUUCGUCUCCCCCGCUCCGGAUUUCAACUUCGAAUUUUCCGGCAGGUGGGCCCCUGAUAUUCUCCUGGAAACCGCCAGGGCCAUUUCUGACAGGAAUAGUGCUCGUGUUCAGCAGCUGAUGUGGAUGCUAAACGAACUUAGCUCCCCCUAUGGGGAUACGGAUCAAAAGCUAGCUGCCUAUUUCCUGCAGGCCUUGUUUACCCGCAUGACUGAUUCCGGCGACCGUAAUUAUCGCGCUUUGUCCUCCGCCUCAGAGAAAACAUGCUCAUUCGAAUCAACUAGGAAAAUGAUGCUCAAGUUUCAGGAGGUUAGUCCCUGGACCACUUUUGGGCAUGUUUCUUGCAAUGGCGCAUUAAUUGAAGCCUUAGAAGGCGAAUCAAAGCUACACAUAAUCGAUAUCAGUAACACGUAUUGCACUCAGUGGCCCACUUUGCUAGAAGCCCUCGCGACUCGUACCGACGAUACGCCCCACCUACGCCUCACAACUGUCGUCAUCACUAAGCCCGGCGAUGGAAGUGGAGUAGCCGCAUCUCAAAAAGUAAUGAAGGAAAUAGGUACAAGAAUGGAAAAGUUCGCUAGGCUUAUGGGCGUACCUUUCAAAUUCCACACGCUAUACCAUUCCGGUGACCUUUCAGAUUUGGACUUGGCCAAAUUAGACAUCAAAGAAGACGAGGCACUCGCCGUCAACUGCAUCGGAGCGUUACGUUCCGUGGCGGCAGUUGAUAACCGCCGAGAUUUCUUGAUAGCAUCUUUCCGCAGUUUACGGCCGCGGAUAAUCACGGUGAUAGAAGAGGAAGCCGACCUCGACGUAGGCGUCGAUGGGAUUGAAUUUCUGAGUGGGUUCCAAGAAUGUCUGCGUUGGUUUAGGGUUUACUUCGAGACAUUGGACGAGAGUUUCACGAGGACAAGCAACGAGCGGUUGAUGCUUGAGAGAGCAGCCGGUAGGGCAAUCGUGGACCUGGUGGCUUGCUCGGCAGCGGAGUCGGUGGAGAGAAGGGAAUCGGCAGCGCGGUGGGCACAGCGGUUGCAUGGAAGCGGUUUCAGUCCGCUGAUAUUCAGCGACGAAGUAUGCGACGACGUAAGGGCACUAUUGAGGAGGUACAAGGAAGGGUGGGCAAUGACACAGAGCUCAGACGUCGCCGGAAUAUUCUUGACGUGGAAAGAGCAGCCGGUGGUGUGGGCCAGUGCAUGGAAACCUUGACUGACCUUCACCAGUGGGUCCAUCGAAAUGGAAAUGGUUCAGUUGGUGGCUUUUAGCACAUGGCUGAAGGAUGGGGGAAACCCUUGGGCAAGGCCGUUUGGAACCAAAAAAGGAAGGGAACAUAAAUUAAAGUAUCUAUUUCCAGUGAUUUUAAUACAAUUCAGGUACAUUUUAAUUCUUAAUUUGUCAUUAUUUCCCCAUUUUUAUGAACCUUUUUUUCCCUUUUCU